GUCUAGUCUAGACACUGUCUCGGAGAGAGUUUUCCAGAAUUUCCCAGGAGGGGAACCAAAAUGCUUGCAUUGCCGUUUGUGACCGGAGCUUGUAUGCUUGCACACCUACAACUUGAAAGCGAGACAGAGAAUGACCCUUUUAACUAAUAUUUUCAGUUUUAUGUUUUUGCUGGAAUAACAGUUUUUAAAAUGUUUUCCAGUGUUACCAGAAGAUACUUGCUGACUUCUUGUAGGGUUCAGUCGCUGGCCACCCACAUGCUCAAAUCAGUAAUGACCCGCGUGACUCCCCAGCCCAACUCCUUCCACAUCCCCCAAGCUCAAAGACUGCUCUUCGUUGCUCACUGCGCUCAGCUUCCAUACCGGAGACCAGCCGGCGCCUGUGUGCCUAUCAAAGGUCAGCAGUUUCACUCCUCCACUCAGUCCCACAAGCGGAAGAAGACUCAAGAAGAGCCGCAAGAGCGGGAGCUGGACCUCUUGAGGUACGACAUGAAGGAUUUAAUGAAGGGCCCCAAGCCUGCGCUGUACCUGGGCUUCUCCGGCUUGAUCCCCUUCGUCUGCGCUCCACUGCUGAUGGCUGUUACAGAGGUGUACUACCCUGACAUAGCCUUCGCCCAGGUGGCCUACGGAGCCUCCAUUCUUUCUUUCCUCGGUGGAGCUCGCUGGGGGUUCGCUCUGCCAGAGGGCAGCCCUGCCAAGCCGGACUGGUUGAACUUGGCUAACAGCGUGGUCCCUUCACUGUUCGCCUGGGUAGCGCUCCUGUUCAGGGACAGCAUCACAGAAUCAUCUGUGAUGGUGAUCAUGGGGCUGGGAAUCGCGUUGCACUAUGACCUCGCCCUCCUCCCUGGGUACCCUAGCUGGUUCAAGGCUCUGAGGACCAUCCUCACCUUGGUAGCUACCUUUUCGCUGGUUGCGACUCUGAUCAUUAAAAAUGUGUACCCUGAAAAAAAUCUUUCAGAAAUAUUUCAGAAAAACAACUGAUGAUUGUCUGUAGCUCUCAGGCAAGUACAGUACAACCAAAGCCAAUGGGUCUUGUGUCAAUUUUGUGAAAAUAAAGUAAAGAUAUUGAUAUA